AUGACCCUGGUUGGACUACAGGAAGAGGGCCUUUCCGGACUACCGAUGAUGCUGAGCGUCCAGCAACAACACCACUCGCUGCACGGGCCCCACGGGCCUGGCGGCAACCCUGGGGUCCAGACGCAUCGGGGCAACGUCAUCGUCUCCACCAACAGCGUGCCCACCGGGGACCUGAAGGUCCUUCAGCACGGCUGCAAGCGGAGCAAACUCUACGCGACGACGACACCCUAUGGGACCAUGCCCCAUCAGCCAGCCUCCGUGGCCAGACGCAACGCCCGCGAGCGGAACCGCGUCAAGCAGGUGAACAACGGGUUCGCCACCCUGAGGCAGCACAUCCCCCAGAGUGUGGCCCAGGCCCUCGGGGGCAGCACCGCUGGGACCGCAGGAGCCGCCAAAGCCAGCAGCAAGAAGCUCUCCAAGGUGGAGACCCUGCGCAUGGCCGUGGAGUACAUCCGCAGUCUGCAGCGUCUCUUGGACGACCACGACUCGUCGGACCCCAACAGCACGGCGCCCUCGGCGUCCCCUGCAGCUUCCCUGUCCUCGGCUUCGUCAGCCUCCUCCACCUCGUCGCAGGCCGACCUUGUCAACGAUGCCAUGCAUCAUCAUUCCGGCGAGAUCAGGCUACGCGCUGGGAGCGCCCAUGGACCAGAUUUGCCCCGCCACGUUCGGCAGAACCCCAGCCCUGGAUUCGUGCCUCCACCCUGCUCGGAGGCCUCCAGCUCCCCUACCCCUAGCUUCGUCUCGGAGGCAUCUUCUGCCGGAAGCCAGGGCUAUGGAAACUCCUCUGGGAGCACGCUGUACUCUCAUCACUCGGACAAUUACGACAACUACGAACCCAUGAGCCCCGAGGACGAGGAGCUGCUCGAUGUCAUUUCCUGGUGGCAGCAGAGUCAAUGA